CUUGUCCAAGCAGGGAGUUCUGGUCCCGGCAGCUCGCCGUAGCAAGGCGUUGAUUGGCUGUUCGUGCGCCCGGCAGCUUUCCUAGCCAGCGGGUGGAGCAGCGCGCGGGACUGUGAAAAUGAGCCUGCGGAAGCAAACCCCUAGUGACUUCUUAAAACAAAUAAUAGGAAGGCCAGUUGUCGUAAAGUUAAAUUCUGGAGUGGACUAUCGAGGUGUCCUGGCUUGUCUGGAUGGGUAUAUGAAUAUAGCUUUGGAACAGACGGAAGAAUAUGUAAAUGGACAGUUAAAGAACAAGUAUGGGGAUGCAUUUAUCCGAGGAAACAAUGUUCUGUACAUAAGCACACAGAAGAGGAGGAUGUGAAGAUGCCAAAAAAAGGAUAUUUUGUACUGCAGAGCUUGUUUUUUUCCCCUGAAUGAUGAGACCUGUUUGAUUUGUAGCUAGUUCUCUUUGGUUGAAAAAUACAGCUGUUUAAAUAUUUCUUUAUGUGCUGUGAAGCCAGAUAUACCACAGUGACUACUGCCGGAAGGAUGUUGCUUUUUUUUUUAAAUGCAAAGAAAUACAAUUGCAUGUUUUUCUGGG